AUGUUCAACACGGAUGCUGCGGACGCAUUUUACCUGCGCCGUAGCAAUACCUCCUGCCUCGACGUCUCUCCAGAGAGACGCAGCUCUAGCUCCUCUCGUCAAGGCUUCCUGCGGCACCGCAGUGCUAGCCUCGGAGGGCCCGGUGACUCCUACGCUUAUGUGUCCAAUGACGCGGGCCACCACACCUUGCACAGCAGCAAGAUUUUAGCGUGGCCGCCUCAGCCUCAGAGCGGCUCUUGGCGUGCUUAUACGCGUCUUGAAGGAGCCAUAGAGCCCGGGACGCCGUACAGCCCCAUCAACCCUUACCCUCGCCCCUCGACGACAACAAACCCAUCGUCCGCCACGGCAGCAGGUGGCGGGCUGCACUUACCAGCCGCGUACCGUCGCGUAGGUGCGUCACUGUUCAUCGCCGGUAGCGGUGCGUGGGAACGUGCAGACUAUCUUCCCCGUUCAUGUCGUGCGCCGUCAGCCGGGGGGCCGCCAGCAUCCGUCGUUCACUCCAGCGACGCCUCCAGAGCUUCCGUGGUUACGUCUACCCGCUUUGCCGGCGGCGCAGGCGCUCACCUACUUCCCCAGCGCGUACAUGUUGUCAACCGCAACGGCGUGAAUGGCGCUCGCGCGUACGGGUCGAUGGGGACGUCGAUACUUUCUGUCGCGCGGGGUGUCCGAGCAGCUUCGGGCACGGGACCGACUGAGCGGCCCUCCAGCGCCCCUUCGGCGAUGUCGGAGGCGACAAGCGGUCGGCGCGACAGUGCGUCUUCAGCUGCGUAUACGACGAACAUCUGCGGCAGCAGGGGUGAUGGGUUUGGAAGGCUUCUAGCCCCCUCUGCGUCGAAAUCUCCACUCGCCUCCGACUCCCGCUCGCAGAGGGCGACGGAGCACGAGCUACGCACAUCAGCCCCCGUCAACGUUUCAAUUCAUAAGCUAGCUUGCUACUCGUCAGAAGACCCGGCGAUCGCCGGACGCAGCGCAGCCGCCAUCAACGGCAGCGGCGCAACGUCAUGGACAGCGGGGCAACGGGCGCGGCCGUACUUGCCGCCGUCCUCAUCAGCAAUGCACAAGCGCAUCGCGACGACGGCAUUGGAGCAGGACGAUGUGGAUUGUACCACAGUUUCCGCCAUGCCAGCACACUCCACGAGGUGGUCCGCAGGCCCGCCAUCGCCACCGGCGUCCGUGCGCUCAGUACCCACGGGCGCAAGCUCACUACUAGGCAAAAGGGAGUCAGCCCUCAUCGCCAGGUCUCCAAAGAAGCCGCAGUCGUACGCGAUCUCGCCGAUAGUCACGGAGCAGGAUCCGCGCAGCAGCGAGGUGGACGCUGCCGAGCACGACAUCGAUGAAGGCGCAUCGACGUGGUGGACUGUCGACAUCGUCAUCAACUCUGCUCCGUGCCACGGCGACUCCGCCUACGAGGAGACCGCCGCGAUGAAGGCAGUGGCGUUGUUGCGGUCGCCAGCCGACAUGCGCACGCUCCGGUCGGUUCAGUGCCGGGCACCAGUGCUACCGGCCGAUGCGUCAGCAGACGAGGCAUGGGACAUGACGCAGUCUCUCCUGCGCUGUAUCGCGCUUGCAUCCGUCGGCGCUUCCUCACCGCCGUGUGUACCGCAGGGCUACUUCUGUUUCAACACAGACUUUAACGAAUACAUGCAGCUUUCCGCGGACACGCUGCCGCUGGCCAGUACGCUGUUCAGCGUCGUGAUGGUGGUAUCAUCCGUCGACACUGCCAUCGCGGAGGAGGACCGUGCAGGCUACACAGAGAUAUCAGACGCAGCGACGGAUGAGGCACAGACGGCCUUGGUGUCAACACCAUACUCCGCUACUCACAAUCACUACCUGGUAACGGGUGCCUCGCCAUCAUGUAACCAGGAUGGUGCGGCGCCACAACACCACUGGAGUGACGCCGCCGAACGUGGUGCGGCUGCGGUCACCCCGCGUCCCCCUAGUGGAAGCCGUCGUACCUCGGCUCCUCGCCAUGCGCUGCGUCCCUCGCUGCAGCCACAUACCUGGGAGCACGUAGCGCCGUCGCCGCCCCCGCCGCAGCCGUCUGCCGCCGCGGGCAGUGCAAGUCGACACCGACUUGCAUUCGACGGGAACACCAGCAGCCACCACUAUUUCACCACAGUGGAGGAGGUGUCCCCAUACCCACAACGCCCUCUUAGGUCCUACGCGUCGGCGGUGAUGUCGCCAGGUGCGCGGGGCAACUGCGACUCCGCUGGUGUGAUUAGUACGUACGACGGCGACGCAGGCGAGGACGACAGCUACCGAGUGAUUUCGUACAGUGUGGAGAGCGAUGCUGGUGAUGCUGUCUACGGUGCCGCAUCUCCUCCUGCGCCGCCGACGUCGUGCAAAGGUCGUGCGCACGGCCACUACGUAGAUGGCAAUUAUGCCGCGGGGGAGGAGAUGGACGAUGCUGCUGAUAGCGGAUACGGUAAUGGCGUCGUGGGCUACAUGAAUGACGACGAAGCUGUCCCACAAGCGGAGGCGGGGGAGGUCAUUGGCGCGAAUGUGGUGUGCACUGCCAAGGCGGCGGAGCGGCAAUUUAGCGCGAGCGACGACAGCAGUAGCGGCAGUGUCAGCAGCAACCAUGAAGGCGCCAGCCGCCUUCAGUGCUUUCAUAACGUGCCGAUAUCAUCAAAACCGUCGACGCAACCGCUGUCAAGUCCCUCAACUACGCACGGCUUACCCGCCCGGCCGGGAAGCGAUAGCAUGGCCUCGUCACAGCGCCCGCCAACGGCCCCAACCCAAGGCUACAGCCGCGUAGGGGUUUUCACGGCAAUGCAAAGGCCCUCUCCAUCGACCCUGCCCACUGCCCCUCUGCAACCGCCGCCGCAACAACUGUUCUUUGACGACCCCGUCCUGCAGCGCCACUUCGAGAGUGCGUGCAAGCAGUCACCACCAUCUCCACAGCACGCCACAGCGAGCGCAGAGGGCGGCGGUGGUGACCACCACCCUAUCUAUGUCCCAUCCCCGCCGCGCACAGUUCCAGUGCCACCAUCGCCACCCCUGCCGCCAACACCGCCAGUGCACGGCGCCUACAGGCCUGGAGCGCAUCCAUACUUUGACCCCUCCCCGUCGACGGCAUCGUGCGUGCCUGGGUUUGCGCCAACGCCGCCAUUCAGCGCAUAUGGCACGGAGGCGUUGACAGCGACAAUGAAUCGAGCGCAGCGUGACGCCCUGAAUGUAUUGCUGCAGAGGUCCUCCCAGGCACGGCAGCAGGCACCCGGCUCGCAGGUGCCUUUCCGGCCACCACCAACACCAGUCUCUAGCGGUGACGUGGCUGUUUCUGCUGCCUCUCCACGAGUGACGACGUCAAUGAGGCCUCAGACGCCCCGAGCAGCAGUAGACUCCACGGUGGACUCUGCUGCCGCCGCCACGGGUGGAAUCGCCUCCGCUGCUCACCGGCUCGUCGCGCCCUCGCUCAGUUCGCUCUCUCCUCCUCCGCCGCUCCCUGUGACGGACGCCGCCGUACCUCAGGCUGUCGCAGCACCGCCACCAACAUCAGCAGAGAAAAGCACAGACACACCCACGCGCCACGACCGCUCUCCCUUUCCGCAAAAAGCGGAGCGUCCUGCAACGAUGACCGCCGGUGAAGGUGUACUGCGUGAAGUAGAAGCCAAUGACUCGCUCAACACCCGCGCUGCGGUCGCUGCAAUUGUGGCGCUCCCCGAGUCGUGCGCGGGCGCAGUGGAAGCGACGUCGCAAGGCGAUCAGCGCAACAGGGAACAGGCUCAGCGGAAUCAUAGUACACGCACUGCGCCAACUCUGGAGGGCGGUGAGAAAGACAAGGAGGCUGCCGGCAUGUAUGCGGACGUGGAUCAUGACGCAGAAGGGACCACUGUUGUCACGACGGCCGCGGCAGCCGUCGAGGAGAGUAGAAAGAGCAGGGGCGGUGGAGUUAAUGCUUUUGGGUACUUUGCUGACGCAGACACAAAACCGUUGCCUGCGGCUGGCCGUUCUGCUCCACCUCCUGCUGGAGAUGAGAGUGAUGCGGUCGCUGCCGGCGUGGGGGUGCCCAAGGAGUCCACGCGGACGUCUCCGACAGACACCGACAGGGAGCUGCCAGCCUCCGCUGUAGGUGCCGAGGAGUUUGACAAACCGUCUGCCAGCGAAUCAGCUGCCGCCAAGGAAAAGAACAAGGAUGACUGCAGCCACUCCCAGAGCGACGCUGCCACCCCCGAUGCGUACUCAGUGGAGGCCGGCGACCCUGACACCAUUCCCACUGUCACCGCCGUGGCUGCUCGUCAAGCUGUGUACAAGGUGGCCGGCAAUGCGCUUGAGCAGGCGACGCCGUCGCAGGAGGCGCCGGACACGGCCGCCGCAACUCGACUAGCUGAGUAUCCCACGGAAACGCCACGAGCCCAUGGCGACGGUGACAUAGCGGGUGGAGCCGAGGUGCCCGGCGAAAGUACCCACAACUCCGAGAGCGCCGCCGAGGCCAUGGACAUUGCCGCGCCUGCCAGCACGAGUGGCAUAGCUGCCCACAUUGCGGCAGCGGAAGCUGUAGGGAAGACCCCGGCCAGUGAUUCAGCGGCCGAGCCGGUGGACACCGAGCAGCCCGACAGGCAGCCGGAAAAGGCAGACUGCACGCCAGAAGACGACACCCCCGGCACCAAUGUCUGCGCGGCACAGUUGGAGGCCCGUACCUGCGCCGAUGAUGCGCCUCUAUUACUCUCAGAGAAGCAGCCUUCCUCGGUAACAGACGACAUCGCAAUGAAAACCGAGGGCACGCGCGAGGAGGGCGAAGAGGCAGGCUUGGCCUGCCCGGCGGAGCCGGCGCUCGAGGCGUCAUUAGAGAUGCACGGCGACGAACACCACGCUGGCGUGGGUGAGGGUAGCAAGGCUGCUUCGCCGCUGCAACCCGAUCACAGCGCGGAGUCGAGCACUAUCACGGACAAUGAAGGAAACAAGGCACCCAGCGCGGCAGGGACCUCAGUUAGGCAGCGGAUAACGAGAGCAAGUGACGCGUCCGACUCACCACAGACCCUCGGCUCCGACGACGGUGACGAGUUGGCCAGCGCUGUCGCAGUGGACAUGCUGUCGAGCAAGAGCGCGGUAGCGGAGAAGGACCCGUUCAGCGCGACGACAGAGACAAACACCCUAGAAGCACAGUCGGAUGUAGCAGCGGCCGCUGCGCCCGCCAUCGCAGGCGGCGAUUCAACCCCGUUUUUGAUGAUUGCUGCGGCUAAGUUUCUGCCCGCGCCUGUGAUUUCGGUGGCGACACAGCGGGAGAAAGAUGAGGACCCGGAUGCGCCGCCGCAGGUGCUACAUCACCGCGCCGCGGCAGCGGCAGCGGCGGCGGCGGCCAACGCCUUCUACGGUUUAUGGGAGGAGUCCAUGACGGAGGAUGGCACAGGUGACGGUGACGACGCCGGUGGUGCCGACCACGUCGACGCGACCGCCGUGGGAGGGGAUGACGGGGAGGGAGAUCAACACGAUUGCAGCUCCACAUCCGAGGCCGUCACAGCCGCCACGAUUUCGACGAGUGAAGGCGACAUUGAGGGGGCGGUGGACGUACCCAUGGACGUCUUCCGCGAUUCCCUCUCCCUCACGAACACGCCAACGCUGAUCCGCCGCGGCGAGUGGCGGGAUGAGAACACGUCGGUCGCCGCGACGGCGAGCUUGGCAGACCCGAUCGACAUGCUCGCCCGCACCAUCGGCUCCAAUAUGUGCCUGCCGCCGGCGUCGCGUGCUGUGACACUUGUCGUUAAUCCGGACGCCGGCGUAGGCUCUACGGACGUACUCUUCCAUCUCCAUCACAAAGAGUUCUUAUCCGCAGUCGUCAUCACGGCUUCCGUGGGUGCAGCUGCCGCUGUUGGCGAGAGCGGCAUCACCGCCGAGACAUCUGAUCCUAACACCGUAAAGGAGGCGUCCGCGUCUUCUGCAGAAGCGGUGCAGCGGCUCCAAGCUCCCUCGCCCGCAGCACAUGUCGUGCCGCCCGCGUCUGCUGCAUCCUCACCACCGUCGGCGGCGUCACAGCCGGUUGCGUCGCCGGACGAGUCUACAGCGCAAACCGCCGUGGACGCCAAUGCUGCUGGCGAUCGGUUCUCGAGUGCAUUGCAAGAGGCAGAGGCGUCGCCUGAUGCCAUCAAUGACGAGCCACACGUGGAGCCGCACAGAAGCACCGAGCCCCAGGUGGACGGCCCUGUGCCUCCGCUCUUUGAGGUGUCUGGUGACGUUGACUGUGACGGCGCGGCCGAUGCCCCGCAACGAUUGCCGUCACUGCUGUGGCCCUUUGCGUCAAGGUUGCAGAGAACGACGCCCGCGGUGCCGCUGCCACUCUCGCCGUCAGAGGUACUAUCACUACCCACGCCAUCGCUGCCACCGUCCCCGCCGCUCAGCGAAGGCGCGAUGAAGAAGACGAUGGUGCUGCUGGGCUUUCCCGGAUCGGCGUGGGAGUUCAUCAUGACUCACCACUACGAGAGUAUGCAUGACGCCUUCACGAAGGACUCUGCCGUGGCCGCCAACGUGCCCAUCUCCGCGAUCCAGGACGUGCGCUAUAGCAAGGGGAGCCUUAUGGUCGAUCUGUACGUGUUGCACCCGGCGAGCUCCAGUGAGAACUUCAUUCGGGAUCAGAUGUCCAGCUAUACAUAUCCGACUCUCUGGGGGCUUUACGAGGUGAAGAAGCGCGAGCGGAAGCAGCUUCUGCACGACCACGGGAUGAGCGUAGCGGGUGCGAUGUCGGCGCAGUCUCUGCUGCCGCGUUUAACGCCUACGCUUUCAUCACAGGAGGAGGUGAGCUGGGCAGCCUCGUAG